AGGGCCCUCAUGAAAUGGGCUGAUCCUUCCUUUUUACAUGAUGUAUAAUUUGCUCAUUACUCAUCUUUUGUACGCAAAGAUAAAGGCUAUCAUUGGUGUAGAGCCCUGCCUUUUUAAACUCCAAUUUAUUCUCCCAUCCAUUAGCUCCAAUUUCUUUUAAGUAGGGACAGAAACUGGCUUACUAGAUAUCAUUUCCUUGUCUUUAAAGUUACUACACAACAGAGCAAGCCUGCAGGGAGCAGCAGCAAUGGAGAAAGUUGCAACAGGGCUGAGCCACCUCUUCAUGACGGCGUUCCUCAGCUGCUUCUCGGCGGCCAUGGUGAUUCCGGCAAUUACCGACAUUACGAUGUCGGCGGUUUGCCCCGGAAAAGAUGAAUGCUCACUAGCCAUCUACCUCUCCGGGAUUCAACAAGCGAUAAUAGGAUUGGGAUCGCUGGUGAUAAUGCCGUUGGUAGGCAAUCUCUCUGAUAUCUAUGGGAGGAAAACUAUGUUCACUAUACCCCUGACUCUCUCAAUUUUCCCACUAGUGAUAAUGGCAUACAGCAGGUCCAAGUACUAUUUCUAUGCUUACUACAUACUAAGAACCCUAAUUGCCAUGGUUUGCGAUGGAAGCGUUCAGUGCAUUGCUCUUGCUUAUGUGGCAGAUAAUGUUUCAGAGUGUCGUCGGGGCUCCGCCUUCGGAAUCAUGUCUGGCAUUGUUUCCACUGCUUUUGUUUGUGGAAAUCUUUCUGCUCGAUUUCUCUCCACUGCCUCCACAUUCCAAAUUGCAGCGUUGAUGGCGAUGAUAGCGCUACUAUACAUGCGGACAUUUCUACGAGAGUCUUUGGUAAAAGAUGUCAUUUCAAUCAAAGUAACUGAGACUCAUUGUCUUCUAGAAAAGGCUCCCAAAAAAAGCAUGCAAUUUGUUAGGAACUUGCCUUCAUUCAGUGAUGCAUUGCUCUUGUUAAGGACGAGCCCAACUAUCUCCAGAGCAGCAAUAGUUUCAGUGCUGAUAAAUGUAGCUGACAUUGGUCUCCAAGCCUCACUACUUUACUACUUGAAGGCGCAAUUUCACUUCGAUAAAAAUCAAUUUGCUGAUUUGAUGAUAAUCGGCGGUGUUGCAGGGGCAGUAUCACAGCUGGUUCUUUUGCCUUUGUUAGUACCUGCGGUUGGAGAAGAAAAACUCCUCUCAAUCGGGCUCUUCUUCAGCUCUAUUCAUAUGUUUCUAUACAGCAUUGCUUGGACGUAUUGGGUUCCUUAUGUGGCUGCACUUAUCUCUGUUGUGUCAAUUUUUGCAAUGCCCUGCCUAAGGAGCAUUGCGUCAAAGCAAAUUGGACGUAAUGAGCAGGGAAAGGUACAAGGAUGCAUUUCAGGCUUGUGUUCCUUGGCUAACGUUGUUUCCCCUUUGGCAUUCAGUCCUUUAACUGCGACAUUUCUCUCGGAUGAUGCGCCUUUUCAUUUCCCCGGUUUCAGCAUUCUGGUGGCUGGAUUAUUUGCGAUGUUGGCAUUCACUCAGAGCAUGAUGAUUAGGACUACUCUCCCAGUCCACUCCAGCAGUCAUCAAAAUGUUGAAGCAUUAGUUUAAGUAGCUAGACUAGUUAGAAAGUGUAUAGCCUAAGUACAUAUUUUUAUAUAUAGGUAAAUAGGUAUGUGCAUCAUUUGUGGAUGCAAUUAGUGUUGAUCAUGUUAUAUGUAGAUAAAAAAGUUAUGAUAUAUGUACAUACAUAAAGAUAAUGAUAUAUAGCGAUAUGUAUAUACAUUUAUACAACAAUAUAAACCAUAUUUUUUGUCUCAAAACUUUUAGCUCAUUUGUUCAAAGAGUCAUUAUGAUUUAAU